AUGGCGGCCUUACACCAACAAUCUCCUCUUGAACAUCAGCAAUAUUCAGAUCAAAGCUAUGAAGAUUUAAUUCAUCAACCUUUUCAAAGACCUACUACGGAUCAUAAUGGCUCAAUAUAUUCUCAAAAUAUUCAUAACAGUUUCAAUUUAGGUAAUCGAGUAACACCUUUAAAUCAAAAUCAAGCUGAUAUCAACCAAAUCAAUUAUGUUCAAGAGGCUCAGUGUGCACCUAUUGAUUUCAAUCAAGAUCAUCAACUUCCACAACCUCCAUUGGUUGAUAAUCGGCCAUGUAUAAACCAAAAUAAUAUCAAUCAAAACAUUCAGCUUCAACAUACUCAAACCUUACCAAACACAAGUAUAAAUCAAAAUAUUCAGCUUCAACAGGUUCAAAUCGUACCAAAUCAAUUCAAUUCACUUUUAAACAUUGAUCAAAAUCAUCAAAUAUCGGUUCCGCACUCUCAUCGCGCAUCAGCACCAAUAGCACCAAUUGCUAUAAGCUCUUCCCUAAAUCGGCAAUCAGAAUCUGAACCUUUGGGUUUGACAAAAACAACAACAUCCGAUUCGAUAGGAAUCUCUACUGUGUCCCAGCCAGCAGGAAAGAAAGCGUCACAAACAAAGAAAUCUGCAUCUAGAUCAAAGAGUUCAACACAAACUAAACCUAACAAAGAUUCUAACUGUGAAGAGGAAGUGACUAAGAGCAACAAGGCUCUCUUGGACGAGUUCCUAACACCAGCCCAACGUCUACCCGAUAAUAUCUCUCUUCCAGCUGAUCUGACUGUAACUGAAUUGUAUGCGUUGGAUGCCUCGCAGCUUAGGACGCUUGCUGACCAGCAUACUCGUGGGCGAGGUCAUGGGGCACCAUCAUUACAGAAGAGACAAAUUCUGAGGGAUUUUCACAACUCGACCGAGAAACUGCUUGCCAUCUUGUGCAUCCACCUUGGAAUAUCACAAGAUGUGGCCUCAAACGAGAUUGGAAAAUGCGCAUCCUUUAGGGCGUCAAGAAAUUAUGACUAUUUCAUAAAAUCUAAGGCAGUCUCAGAUAUCUAUCGACAAACCAAGUUCUUGUUAUGGACAGAUGGUGGUCCUCUUAAUCCUGUUUCCAGGGAACAAGUACGUGAACUAUGGGCAAGUUAUACAAAAGAAGAGCAAGAUCAGUUUCGCAAAGCUGGCGAGGCAUGCGAUAUUGGUGAUAUUGAUGAUAUUGAUAAUAUUGAACCAGAGGACAACAUCGACAACAUCGACAACAUCGACGGGGUUAAUCCAGAUGUAAUACCCGACAAUCGUCCAACUCACAAAGGCUUACUCAAGAUUGUUCGGGGAUCGAAUGAUGAGGAGACCCGCAAGAAUGGCUUCCGCACCAAAAGCCGUGACCUGGCGCAUUCCAAAAUCAAAUGCGAUGAGUUUGUGGCUAGCUUCAUCCAGAAGGCAAACAACAUGUCUCGAAUUCAUCCGGCUCAAUUCACUAUCACAGCUGUCUCAACACACCUUUCUAAGCACUGCUUUCAAUACAUGUCGACUACACCUGGCUUAUGGGAAUGGGUGGAUCAUGACAUCAAUUCGUCUCCAACUCAUGAAAGCACUACUUCAAAGAUGCAGGCUUUUUUGACCGGUAAGACAGUUGCAGGCCUCGCGCGUCCUAAGCGAGCAAAUGGCUCAAGGGUAGAAUUAGAGAAGUUGAAGGCCACCUUGAACCAAAUCAUUCGAAAAGCUACAGAAGCUGCAAACAAGCCUCAAGAAGCUUGGACUUGGUCAAAUUGUGAAGCUCGCCUUGCCGAACAAGGCUUCAAGUUGCAAUACGAGCCAUCCGAUCCUUUGUACAAGUUUUGGAUCACUAAUCCAAAUUCUGCUGUCACUGAAGAGAAAGCUCGACAGAUCAAUAUUGACCUUGUAACUCACCCGGUGUCACUCACCCCAAUUCCAGGCUUUGUAUUCAAGUACAAGUCCGGCAGGAAUAACAAGCGAAAACGGGAUGUUGGUCUUGAUGAGGAAGAGGAGCGGAUUGGGGAUGUUAAUCUCAACAUAAAUGACUCGAACAGCAACUAA